AUCUGCUACAGACCUAUCAGAUGCGCGCGGAUACAGAUACACAAACACACACACACUCAGUCGUGUAAGCAAGAGUUAUCAGUUCAGCACGGCGCACCAGCAGAGACAACGGGUUACUGUGGAUCCAGAGCCUGUUCCAGGAACACUGGUGAGCUGGGAGGAAACCGAAGAAUGCAGAGAUAGCCCACACCGAAACAGGAAGAACAUGCACUGAAACUCAACAUAGAACCCAAGCAUGAACCAGGGACCCUGGAGCUGUGAGAAGGCAAUGCUACCCAAUGCAUCACUGCACCAUCUAAUAGCUUGCCAUUUUUUGCAUAAUGUGCUGAUUUAUUGUUUGACAUGAUUGGUUGGCAUUGGGCAUGACUUUAAGUUUGAUCCUUACUGAUCCUCAGGGGGAAAAAAUGUUAUUUUCAAAAAAGCUUAGCGGAUAGCACGUUUGCCUUCCACGUUCAGGAUUGGGGGAUUCGAAUCCCGCCCCUGUUCUGUGUGCACGGAGCUUACAUGUUCUCCCUGUGCUUUGGGGGUUUCCUUCGGGUACUCCGGUUUCCUCCCCCAGUCCAUAAAUGGGUGUAGUAGGCUAAAUUGGCAUUUCCAAAUUUUUCAGUGUGUGAAUGUGUAUGUGAUUGUGCAUAAUGGGUUGGCACCCUGUCCAGGAUGUCCCCUAUCUUGCGUCCCGAGUUCCUGGGAUAGGCUCCAGGCUCCCCUGCAACCCCGUGUUGGAUAAGCGAUCACACAACAGCAUCUGGUAUGGAAGCUAGUGCAUUGUCAAGAGGCAAAAAAUUGGUUCACUUGGAUUUAAAAGGGGCACCUCCCAGACUUAACUACUUAUAUGAGCUGAUCCAGCUUUUUUCUGAUCUUGGUGCAAAUGGCAUUCUUAUUGAGUAUGAGGAUAUGUUUCCCUAUGAAGGAGAGCUGACGAUUCUUCAGUCAAAAUCUCACCCACCAUACAGUCACUGUCGCUCAUCCACAUACAGCCGUGAAGAAAUUCUUGCCAUUCAAGAUGCCGCUUAUUCCAGAGGGUUGGAGAUCAUUCCUCUGGUGCAGACAUUUGGACACCUUGAAUUUGUCCUGAAGCAUAGCACCUUUAGCAAUUUGCGAGAAGUAAGCCACUGCCUGGGGACCCUGAACCCACACAGCAAGCAAGGACUUGCGCUUAUACUGGAGAUGCUGCAUCAGGUUAUGGGGCUUCAUCCGAGGAGCACUGUUCUGCAUAUCGGGGCAGAUGAGGUAUACAUGCUGGGUCAAGGAGAGGAGUCUAAAGAGUGGUUAAGCAUUCCAGGUCACAGUACUGACAAGCUGUUCCUCAGUCAUGUCACUAAGGUGGCAAAAGGCAUUAGGGAGACUUAUCCCAGCCUCAGUGUGAUAAUGUGGGACGACAUGCUGAGGAAUAUGACCACUGACACCAUUAAAGACAGUGGUCUAGUCGGACUAGUGCAGCCCAUGCUGUGGGACUACACACCUACUUUGGAUGUGGCCCACAACAUUCUGCUAAUGGAGAAAUACAAGACUGCUGGUUUAUCCCAACAGUGGAUUGCGAGUUCUUUCAAAGGCUCCACCACUGUAUACACUUGCGUAACCAGCACACAAAGGCAUGUGGACAAUCAUGUUCAGUGGUUAAAAGUGGUAGCUGGUCUUUCUCCUGGCGUUGAUCUACAGGGCAUUGCACUCACUGGCUGGCAAAGAUAUGACCACCUGUCUGUUUUGUGUGAAUUGAUGCCCCUCGGCUUGCACUCUCUUGCCUCAUGUCUGCAGACUCUACAACAUGGAAGCUUUACUCAGGAAGCUCAGCACAUGGUGAUGGAGAUACUUGGCACGGGCACAACUGAAGUUGGAGAUGUAGAGAGGUUGUCUCAAGGUUGCUCCCGCUCAUAUACUGGCAUGAAACUAGCUGAACUAAUUAUACAGCUAAUGGCAAUGCUUGAGUCUGAAGAUCUCAGACACUUUGAGAGCAAUAUGUAUGUGAGAGGCUGGUUUUCACCUUAUCACAGACAGCAAAAGACUGUCAACCCACUUAUUGCACAACAAAUUCAGAAACAGGCACAAAUGUUUCUGGAAGCUGUAGCGGUCAAGGUGCAGGAGGUGAGGCAGGAGAUGAUCCUGCUUUACCCAGACUUAACAGUGGAGGAAUGGGUUACUCAGCAUGUCACUCCAGUCUGGAAGCCAAUUCAUGAUUUACUGACAGAUAUCCAAAAAGUCUUGGAGGAUAUGGGACUUUACAUUAGCAAAUCUGAAAGGUGGAGCCAUGUGGUGUGAAGUUGCUCUUGAAUGGAUAUAAACCCCAUUGGCUUUUUCUGAGUACAACUCCUCUAACUGAGAUUGCAACAAUUGUAGUUUUGCUGUGUUUUCUGGUGACACUUGUGUAUUAACUGCAAAUAAAUUUAUUUUCCCAAUCA